AUGAAUAGAGAUAGUAAUAAUAAUAGUAGUAAUACAGAUCAAAGAAGAAGUGAAUACUUUAAGAGUAUACUCAAUAGCAAGUACCUGAGAACAAAGAUAUUCAAAGAUGUAGGGAUCAUUCAUCACAAGUUGUAUUGUCGUCAAGGUCAACCGAUUAUCUAUAGAUUAAAGUCACAUGAGAUCAUUAGUUUGAAAGAAUGUAUCAUUGUAAAUCGUACUGAUCUAUUCAUCAAACAUUUUGAUCAAGUUUUUAAAUCAGUUAACAGAGAUCAAGAUAACUUCAAUAGUUUACUAAUCACAGCGUUAAAAAAUCAAUGGAGACCAACCAAAAGUAGUCUUUCUAUUCUCAUGAAUCACAUCACAUACUUUCAACCAACUGGUUAUGCUCAUCUUGUUCUUUGGUUACCUGUAACAACAGGUGAUUUGGAAAUGUUUGAUCAUAUAUGCCAACUCGUUCUUGAUCCUGUUCCCAAUGGAACUCUGAUCUUUCCUUCAUAUGGUUAUUGUGACCAUCUCCCAUUUUCAUUUAAACAUGUAAUCAACAAAUUAAAUCAACACCAACAACAUACAACUAAUAAUAAUAAUAAUAAUGAAUCAAAAUAUGAAAUAAUAUAUUAUAUGGUCAACAAAUUAAAGGAAUAUGGUAUGGAUAUAAGAGGUAAUUUAUUUGUAGAUGCAUUGAAAUGUGAUAAUAAUCAAGAGAUUAUUAAAUGGAUAAAAGAUAGUUAUGAAAAAAAAGAAGGGUUUAUUGAGCAAGAAUCAUAUUCUUUCUCUAUAAUGGUCCAAACAGCUUUGGACAAGGGCCAUUUGGAAUAUUUUAAUAUUUUAAUACAAACCAUUGAACGUAUAGUAAUCGGAAUUCAUUAUUAUGGUCGUAUCAAAGUCGAAAGCGUCAACCCAUCUAUUAUGACAUUCAAUCUUGUCACUAGAUUGUUUGCGAAUCAAUAUCUACAAGUUUCAGUCACCGAAUUGGCUCUGAUAGCUAUCAAGGCCAAACAAUUUGAUAUUUUACAACACAUACUCAAUCUUUACAGGGCUCAAGAAGGAUAUUUGGACACGAAUAGAUUGAUUUUUGGAGCAUUGUGUAUUGAUGAUACAACUAAUAUAGAGUAUCUAUUGAAUAGAUAUUACAACAACGAUGAUGAUGCAGAACCAACUACAAGAUCCAAAUCAUUCCAAGUGACAACUGACAAUAUUUGUGAUAUGAUGCCUCAACCACUUGAAUAUUUAUAUUCACUUGGUCAUUCACUAGACAUUAGAAUGGAACAAUCUCAAAGUGUGUUGGCAAUAUUAAAACAAGAAAAAAAAGUACCAUCACUUGAAAUACUUCAAUUGAUUAUAAAGUAUCAACCAAUCGCCACUAUUCAUCCGAGUGAUAUACUCUCAAGAUUUGGAUAUUGUGAUGAUGAUAUUCAUCUUUUAAAAGAUGCUUUGUCAUUGGUAUCAGAUAUUGCAUUCUAUGACAUAAAACGAGACACAUUAAUUAAAGCAAGUAAGAAUGGAUUGGUUAAAACUGUCGAAUGUUUGGUAUCGAAUGUUCAUAGUUUUGAGGAUUCAUUCUCAUCAGCAAUCAAAUACAAACAAAUUAAAGUUGCAAAGUAUUUAACCAAUGAAUGCAUUUCUCUUGUUCAUUUUAUUGAAGAAGAAGAAGAAGAGGAUGAAAUCAUUACACCAGAAGCAGAAGAAGAGGUUUACAACAACCUAUUUUCUGAAUUUUUGGGUGGUUCAGGUCAAUCCAAUAAAGAGAUAUGGGAAACUAUUCAUGCCAGGAUAUUACCAUCAUUUUACUAUAUUGGAGACGACGAAACAUUUGAAUCAUUUUGGAAUGAUUUUAAAUCAUUCUCUACAACCAACUCAUCGGUGGUCUCUAAAUUAUUAGAAGAGUCGCCAUUUGAUACAAGAUAUUAUCGUCGUCAAAUAUCCAAUACAAUUGAUCGGAUCAUACUAAACUAUUCAAGAUUUUAUAAUGGUCCUGAAAGAGAUCAAUAUCAAAUGCAACCAUUACAAUUGCCCAAUCCAUCACAUCCAUUCAACACCUACUAUAUCAUCUCUAAAUAUAGACAUGAUCCACAAUUCAAUCAAAUAAUCAAUUUUAAUGAUUUUGAUAUCAAUCAAUUUUAUAUUAAAAAUAAUAAUCUUUUAAUUGAUAGUGAUAAUGUCUUUAGAUUAGAUUAUCUAACAUAUAAUGGUCCUGAAAGAGAUCAAUAUCAAAUGGAACCUUUGCGAUUGUCCAGCUACAAUACAUUUGUCACUUAUUAUAUCAUAUCUAAAUAUAGACAUGAUCCACAAUUCAAUCAAAUAAUCAAUUUUAAUGAUUUUGAUAUCAAUCAAUUUUACAACAAAAAUCAAUCAAUUGGAUUAAUUCCAUUCAAUUAA